AUGACCUCUUCUGCGUACAGCUACGGCGGGAGCCAAAUCACCUUCUUGAUGCCCCCAACACCAGGUGUGGCAGGGACCGAACCAGCGGGACACGCAACGGCCCCCAGGAAUGGUGGCAACGACAGGCCGCAGAUUCUCACGUUUGCUCUACAGCAAAGACCGCGAGCCACUCGAGCGAGUGCUCACAAGGUCCGAACGGGAUGCAUUACUUCUGACCAAACCAUAAUCAUAGGCAAGCGCCGACACGUAAAGUGCGAUGAAGUGAAGCCCUCGUGCCAGCGAUGCGUAAAGUGGCAGGGUUUCUGUGAAGGGUACGACUCUCCAAACGGUUCCUCAGCCUCCACGCCAGGCGGCCCAGAAAGCGACGCAGACAACAGCAAGACAACGUCUCUCGUCUCCGUAUCAAAGAAGCAUAAGAAGAAGACGCUCGCCGCGAAUCAUCGUUCCAGGCCACCGUCCCAUCUGAGAGACGUCAGCCUGCCGACCGAACCCACCGAGAACUUGUUUGGAAACGUGUUUGAACGACAAUACUUUGACUACUGGCUUUCGCGCCGCUAUCGGCUGGGCGGCGGUUUCUUUGACGAGCAACUAUGGAACGAGACCAUUCCGCAAAUGAGCCAUCAGCAUGCCUCAGUCAGAUAUGCCGCGAUGGCCGUUGGCGGCAUCGGGAAAGCCCUCUUACACAGCUUGAAGCCGACGACCCCGGCCCAGCUGGGCGCGAAUGGGCCGCACUACGGUCUCGCUCUGUCGUACUACGGACGCGCGAUCCGCGAGGUGCGGAAAGCGACGCGCGACACAAGCAGCCUUCGGGCCGCGAUUGUGUGCUGCCUGCUGUUUGUCUGCUUCGAGGUGCUCCACGGCGACCGGAAAGCCGCCUUCGCCCUCAUCAAUAGCGGCCAGACGAUGAUGGACGAGCUGCUGCGCCGGUGCGAGGAGGAGAGGCGUCGGGAUCAGAGCAUCAUCGGGGCCGAGGCCGUCGAGACUGAGGCCCUCCACGUGUUCCAGCGGCUCAUACAGCAGUCUUGGUCUUGCGGCGUCCUCCGGCGACGAGAGCGGUACGGUCAGGGACACCUCGUCGAAGACAAUAAGGAUUUCUACUCGUCCGAGUCAUGGUGCUGCCAAGGGGGCUCAGGCAGAAAGUGCGCGAUACACAAGAUGCCCGUCACCUUUACUAGUCUACAAGAAGCUCGGCGGUGGUGGGAUGUGACGCAGCACUACGUGACGCACUCGUCCGACAUUGUCUGCCGCGUCACCCAGCUGGGACUCAGCGACGACUUCCUCUCCGAAUGCAACGAGCGCAUCCGCAGACAGCUGGAAGAAAGUGUGCGCGCCAAAGCCGGCGACGUCGACGAGUCCUCCUCCUCGUCGGCGGCGGCGGGGGCAGCGGCAGGGGCAGGGGAGACCGCCUCGCGCUGGCAAGACUUUAGAGACGCGCUGGCGCGGUGGGAAUCCGGCUUCGAGCCCCUCUGGACCGCCGCCCUCACGAAAAAGACCUCGGACGAGAGAUCAUACACGCAGGCGGCGCACCUCCGCGCCCAGUACCUGACGCUGUCCAACUGUCUCGAGUCGCCGCUCGGCUGCAGCUACGACCGCGUCGCGCAGCUGACGCCGCGGUUCCGUGAGAUUAUCCAGCUCUGCGCCGGUCUUUUGGCCUACCAGAAGCGGUCCUUUGUCGGCGGCGAGAUCUUCACCAUGGACAUGGGCCCGACGUGGCCGCUCUUUGUCGCGGGCACGCGGUGUCGGGUGCCCGAGCUGCGCAACGAGGCGAUCCGGCUGCUGCGGGAGAACCCGCGGCGGGACGGGCUCUGGGACAGCCGGUUCUUUUACGCGUUGAUGGUGCGGAACCGGUUGCUGGAGAUUUCGAAUUCCCGCGAGGGCACGCCGGAGGAGCAGUGGUGGCGGUUGCAGCAUCGGUCGGCGUGCAUUGAUGAGCAGGGUGCGCUUAUUGCAAAGGCGAUGGAUAAGAACCCGUUGACGGGGACGUGGGAAGUGGGCGAGGAUAAUGUUCGUCGGUUUCUCUUUGAUUGA